AUGUCCUUCUCCCCGACGCCGCCCAGUCCGAGGCCGGGGACGACGUUGGUGUGCACGCACAAGAACACGGCGAGGUGUGUUCUCACACUGCCUGGGUGCUGUGCGUGCUCAGACUUGAGGCCGCAUACGCCGACGUACUCUGUCUAUAUCGACGGCAUUGGAAGCGUGCCGCAGGGAACCAGAUGGAACUCGUACUGCGAUCAUUGCAAAGCUUAUUGGGAGCGCCGAACCCGGCGCGCCGGCACAUCCGCCUCCCUGUCCCGCAUACCCGACUUCCCGCGCUCCAGUGCCUUCGACGGACCCCGCUCCCCACGCCGGACGUUUGCGAGCGCCUUCUCGCAGAUGGAGCACUACACCUCGAGCGGGCCUGCGCGGCCCGCAACCUACAUCAGGCCCGGCAACAUGCGGCAAGAGGAGCCCUUACAGAGCGUCGAGGGCCCGCCGCCGCCGCCGCCAUUGCAACGGGACAACCACAACCACCACCACCAUCACCACCAUCACAGCAGGGUCAGGAGCGUGCCUACAUCGCCAGACCCAGAAGCACGGGCUUCGCGGGUCAUACAGCGCCCACAGAGCAUACUGAUCAGCCGAGUCGGGGGAGUGGAGACGCCGCCGUCGCCAGUGAGCCCUGAGGAGCCGCCCCCGUCGCUGAAUCACCUUGGCCACAAUGACAUCAUGAGACGGCAGCAGCAGCGACUGGAUGCGCUGCGGCAUGCUGCCCCGCCGAUACCGCGUACUUAUAGCGAUACCUCGAGUAUGGGCUCCAUGGACGCCCAGGCAAGUACCACGAGCGGCACCACCGUAGCUGACGAUAUUGAGCUCCCGCCUCAAUCCAGGGGGCUGCUCUCGUUCGUUGAGUCCCGCGCACAGAUCACCGAUAUCGAGAACCAGCUGGACAGGCUGCACGCGCGCAUGAUGAUGGGGACCCGGAGCCGCGACCUGCCGCGCGACUACCGCGCCAGCGGGAUCCGCCAGGCCACGCCCCGCUCCUACACCCGUCUGCAGCACCAGGUGGUCCCGCACCGGCCCAGCCGCCGCGAGACCUUCUCCGCCCUCGACGAAGCAGACCGCACCUGGUCCUCGGUCGCCUCCGUCACCUCCGCCACCACCGACAACUCCCUCGAAGUGCACGUCUCGCGCACACCCGACCUCGUCCCCUCCCGCGCCGUCACAGACCACUCCUCGCAGCAGAGCGAAGCCGACGCCACAACACCCAGCGACGUCGCCCCGCCACAAAGCGAAGACGCAAAUAGCACAACCACUACAAGCUCGCCGACAAACCAGCCGCUAUGGUCCCUCGCGAAUAGUGUCCAGGAUAUCGAGACGGAGCUCGCGCACCUCUCUGAGGGCACCGCUAGGCGCUCCGCGGAGCUUGCGUCGCUCUCGCAGCAGCUGGAGCACCAGACACGACAGUAUGCGGCUGACGUCGGCUCCCGCAACCAUGACAUCCUCGACCGCGCCAAUGAGGGCCUGCGCCGCCUCCGUGAGCUGCGGGAGCGCCGGGAGCGCCAUGAGCUUGCGGCGGACCCGCAGGAGCAGGUUAGACGUGUGUGGGGGAAUGUCGAAGAUGAGGACUAUGUCUCGCCUGUGUCUGCGCUAUCGUGGGAGGCAUACACACGCCGCCAACAGCUAGACCAGGAGGCGCGGCGCCACGACACAGUCUCAGCCUGGUUCGACCCCGCACCACCACCCCCUCCACACGACGGCAGCGGGGGUGGUGGUGAGUCGCUGGACCCGCUCGCGGCGUCCGUCAACGAGGUAGUUGCGCUGCUGCGGAACUUCCGAGAGAGCCUUGGCGGGGACCAGGCGGGGCCUGUUGACCGGGCCGUGGAGGUGCUCGUGCAGCUGCGCGGCGAGAUGCGGCGGCGGGAGGGGAUGCGGACGGCGGCGGGGAGGAGGCAGGCGAGAGUGUCGAGAGGAGGUAGAAUGGGGGGAGGGAGGGCGCAUUGGGAGCCGCCAAAGGGGUUGGAUGAUGAUGAGACGAGGCCGCCGCCGCUGGAGGAGGAGGCGUUGAGGUUGGAUAGUGAGUGUAAGAUCUGUUUUGGGCAGGUGGCGGAUACGUUGUUGUUGCCGUGUAGUCAUUUGGUGCUUUGUGGGUGGUGUGCGAACCAGAUGGGCGUCAGUAAGGUGACGGAGUUCUCGCCGAGGAUGGUCCAGUGCCCUGUGUGUAGGACGGAGGUGCUGGAUCGGAUUAAGGUCUUUCGGGGAUGA